UCCGCCUGACGGCCGAACCGCUGUUAUUGUUCAGCUCCUCCGCUGUGGGUCUGCUGCUCCACAUCCAGACGAAUAAGGAGCUCAAAUACCUCUCUGAAACUGUCCAGGAUGUCUCGAGAGCAGCAGGCAGUGGCUCGAGCCAGGAAAGCCUUUGAAACAGGCAGGUCCAAAAAUCUGGAGUACCGGAUCCUCCAGCUGAAGAACCUGCAGCGUUUAUUCUCAGAGAGGCAGAAAGAGAUUUCAGAUGCGAUCAACAAAGACCUGAAGAGGAGUGAAGUGGGAAUGCAGAUGUUUGAGACACUGGGUCUGGAGGGAGAGAUUGCCCUGACCAUCAAGAAACUGAAGGAAUGGGCGGCCCCCCGGGCCGUGGAGAAGAACCUGAUGACCCUCUCAGACACCGUUUACAUCCAUCCAGAGCCGCUGGGGGUGGUGCUGAUCAUCGGGGCCUGGAACUACCCCUGGGCGGUCACCAUCCAGCCGCUCAUUGGAGCCAUUGCAGCAGGUAACGCAGCUGUGGUGAAGCCCUCAGAAGUCUGUGAUUACACUGCCAAGGUCAUGGAGGAGCUGCUGUCAGUUUAUAUUGAUAAAGAGCUUUAUCCUGUAGUGUCCGGAGGAGUCCCAGAGACUCAAGAGCUUCUGCGACAGCGAUUUGAUCACAUUUUCUACACCGGCAACAGCACGGUGGGCAAAGUGAUUAUGGAGGCCGCCGCCAAACACCUGACACCUGUCACCCUGGAGCUGGGCGGCAAGAGCCCCUGCUACAUCGACAAGAACUGCGACAUAGGCAUAGCCUGCAGACGGAUCGCCUGGGGGAAAUACACCAACUGUGGUCAGACGUGCAUUGCCCCAGACUACAUCCUCUGUGAACCCUGCAUUCAAGACCGAGUCAUUGAGGAGGUCAAGAAGUCCAUUAAGGAAUUUUACACAGACAACCCAAAGACGUGUCAUGACUAUGGACGCAUCAUCAACCAGCGCCAUUUUAAACGCAUCAUGACCUUGUUGGAGGACAGCUCAGUCACUUUCGGAGGAGAAAACGAUGAGUCGAACUGCUACAUUGCUCCCACAGUCCUGCGGGAUGUAAAGCCAGAGGCAAAGGUGAUGCAGGAGGAGAUAUUUGGACCUCUGCUUCCCAUCGUGCCCAUCAGUGGUCUGGAUGAAGCAAUCGCGUUCAUAAAUAAAGGAGAGAAACCUCUGGCUCUGUACACCUUCUCAUCAAAUGAUAAGGUAAUAAACAGAAUGAGAGAUGAGACUUCCAGUGGAGGAUUCUUGGCCAACGACUGUCUUGUUCACUUUUCUGUCAGCUCGUUGCCUUUUGGAGGAGUUGGAAACAGCGGUAUGGGCUGUUAUCACGGCAAGUACAGCUUCGACCAGCUCAGCCACCUGCGCAGCUGCCUCAUCAAACAGCUGAAAAUGGAGGGAGUGAACAACAUGCGGUACCCGCCUCACACGCCUAAAAAACUGGGCUGGGCGCGAUUCUUCAUCCUGAAGACCUUCAACCUGGGCUGGGCGGGUCGGAUGAUGCUGUUGGCUGUGCUGGCUGUGGUGGGCGCUGUCGUGCUACAGAAAAUUCUCAGCUGAAGACAGUUUUCUCCAUCGCACAUCCGUCUUGUCAUCUUCACGCUGCCCGAGAGGAGGAAGAGGCAGCAAAUCAUAAUCACCAUCUUCAACAAUGUAUUCGACUGCAGCUUUUAUCCAUUUAACACUUCUAUAUUAAUGUUUAAAGUGUCACGUAGCACAGAUGGAGCUUAUUUCUAUGAAGAGAAUGUUUUAAUCUGUAACUCCGCAUCACAUUUCAACCUGUAGGAUCAGGUUUAUGGACCUAAACAAGAUUUUAUGCACUUUUAAUCGAAUCUAGAGUUUUAUUAAACUAAAUCUGUUUAUUUACUGUAGUUUUACAGUAAUACGUCGGGUUUAAAGAACUGUGAAUGUUUUCACAAAGGGAUGGAGAAUGAAGUUCGUUCAUUUCAACAAUGAUUCUGAUUUUAAUGUGUCUACAGCUCAUUUCAAUCCCGUCCUGAGCCGCUCGUAUUUCAGACGUUUGUUUUACAUCUGAAACGUUGUGGUCCCCGAAAUCAUCUCAAAAUCAAAAAGGUUUAUAUGAAGGUUGUUUUAUUUUAUUUUAUUAAUCCUGGAAAGUUUUCUAUGAUUAGUUUAAUUAUGUAACACGUAUUAAUUUAU